AAAUAUCCAUAGGAUCUGUUGUAAAAACAAAGAAAAGAAAAAAGAGAAAAAAGAAGUGAAACUAAACAAAUCAUAAUUUCCAUGAACUCUGGCUAAACAUUUUCAAAAUUUGAAUUUCAUUAAACAAUUUUCAAUAUUCUAUAAAUUUAUGAUAGGAAAGGGAGGGAAAUAAAAAGAAAAAAGAAAGAAAAGUAAAAAGAAAGAAAAAACGACAAGAAAUUUAAUUCUUUUGAUUUUGUUACAUAUUGUUUCUCAAAAAAAAAGAAAAAAAGAAAAAAGAAACAAAACAUACAUACAUACCAUGUCAAUUUUUCGAUUAUUAUGUUUUUUAAUUACAAUUAUAUUGGCAAUUUGUACAUUAGGGGUUGGUUUAAUUUUAUCACCAUAUUGGAAAGAUAAUGAAGAACCACCAAGAGAAGCUAAAAUUCAUUUAUCAUUAAGUUUAAUAUCGAUACUUUUUCUUGGUGCAUCAGGUCUUUUAAUUCUUGUCUCUAUUGUAUCUGGACCAGGUAGAACAAAGAAAAUAAUUAUUAUUACAAUGAUAUUACUUAUUUUAACUAUUGGCUUUCUCUGUGCAUCAAUUGUAUACAUGUUUACUCAAGUGAAUCAUUCUUUUGCAUUUUGGAUAUUUGCAUCAUUAUGGAUAAGUGUUACAUGUAUACCAUUUGGUUUAUGUAUUCUUUAUACAAAACCAAUUCAAAUGGAUCGUCUUUAA